AUGGACUCUGUGGCUCUCGGCGUUAGUUCGCUCGUCCACCAAGCGGAAGCUCUUAACAUCCCCGUCGUUCGUAGCAGGUCCGUGGCGCUCGCCGUCGCCGUGGGCAUCCCCAUUGCGGUGCUGCUGCACGACACCGCCGGCCACUGGAUGCCAACGAAGUGGCAAAUCCCAAUUGUCUCUUGGUUUCGCCGCAAGUGGCGGCAGAACCCGGAAGAGAAGUCGACGCACUUGACUCUGGCGCGAAACGCCGUCAUGUUCUUUUUCGUGGCCAUGGCACUGAGCGAGAGCACGUUUUACCAGACCCCGAUGGACUACGUGGCGGACCGUGUCUCAAGUGCCCCCUCCACCAGGGCGUUUAACGACCGCAUUUACAAGGCCCGUCGCAACGCCUUCUCUGCCGCAACCGAUACGGUGGGUGAAGAGGGGCUCAAUGAGGCGAACGUCCGGCAACAGCGUGACACGGCGCUGCGUCGCCGCUUCGUUCACGACAGCCGCGCGGCAAACUAG